AUGGACCCCGCCAUGUGAGAGUUUUGUAUGGUUUGUCGCGUUUGACGCCUUCUCGUGUUUCUUGUUGUAAUUCGUGCCAGUAUGGGUGACAGUAACUUUCUGGAAGUUCCAGAUGAUUCUGAUGCUCCUUUUGAAAACAUGUUCCGUCAGGCACGAGCAGAGCUGGACGACCUAUUCAAGUCUAUGUCUAAAGCUCCAGAAGGAAUAAAGUCUAAGACUAUAAAGCCAGACCCUGGCUUCUGUGUCAAAUUGAAAGACAAGGAUGGGAAGAAGAUAUUCAUCAAUUUAUGCCACACUCCUCAUCUACCAGAGCCAAAAGGAAUUUCAGACGAAGAACUCUUGAAAAUUCUAGAAUCGGAAGAUCCAACAUCGUACCGUGUACCUCUGAGUCUUGGUCUGCCUCAUGAGGAACUGGACAAGUCUGGUAUACCCUGCACAGCUUACGACGUCAUCAUCAACAGCGCUUUCUUCGACAAGAUUCAGCAGAAUGAUCUCUUCAGGAACUUUGUGAUCACCGUAGCUAUUGAUGGCAUCGAAGACAAAUAUGGAGUUAACCCCAGUGAAGAUGAUUAUGUUAUUUUGAAGAACAAACUCUACUUGGGUGUCAUGCCUGAACAUGCUGUUCAAGACAGGUCCAGUCCACUCAUCUCUGAAGUAGAGGGCACUGUGACUGAGGCGACUGGCGGCGGGAAGUUCAACGUUCACCUGACCAGGCACACUCUGCCAGGGCAGCCGGAUACACUGGUGGCCAGGAUUUCGCUUCCUGGCGUGAAGUCGGCAAAUGAGGUGCUCUUGGAUGUUGGAGAGGAUCGCAUUGUGCUCAAGGCUGAGAGACAUUCCUUCGACAUCUUCGUUCCCUGUCUCCUAAACCAGGACGAUUCCCAAGCAGAAUUCAACGUAAGGCAUCACGUAUUGACUGUGAUGAUGCCAAUAAAGAGUUCAGGGUGAAGGCCUUCAAGUUACACCGAGGAAAAACCAAUAAAGGCAAUAAGUUAUA